CGAUGUUUCCGUCUACAAUAGCAACAGCGGAUCACCUUUAAAUGCAGCAAGUUAUUCUAUGUGCACUCAGAAAUUGAGCCUAAAAAAGGAGAUCUGCGGCGCAUAAUAACCUGGAAAGGCGCGAAUGCGACUUGGACUCUUGCAACAUCAACUCUUGGCUGGGUCUGCUAAAGAUCAGGCAUUGGUGCACAGCCAACAGCACCCAUCGACGACUCUGUAGAUUGGAAAUGCUCUAAAGAAAGUCCAAGGAGCAAACACAAGCAUUCCCCCUUUUAUAAAGACAUCAAAUGUUGAUUUUAUGUGCAGCUUUUGAUGGAAUAGAAGCAGCCAAAACGCAAUAAGCAAAAUGAAUGAACAAUUUUGUGGUAAUGGGGCGGUGGCUGUUGUAGAGGAGAAAGACAACGCAGACAGCGCAAACAACGCAGUCGGUGCCAAAGUGUGGACGUCGCUUACAACUAUUCUCGAUUUAAACGAGGAUUGUUGGAGAGUGGUUAUGGAUUAUCUGACUGUAAAAGACCAGCUAAGGCUCGCUUCCUCAAACCUGUUUAUUGGAGAAGUGUUCAAGAGAUACGCCUGCCAUCAGUACAAACAUAUUGAUACAUCUCUCACGGUUUGGCUUAGCGACGAAGAUGUGAAACUACUUUUGCAGAUCGUUGGCGAGAAUCUGGUUAGCUAUGAGUCCGACUGGAAUAUCGAAUUGGAGCUGAGUCUCCUGCGGAACCACUGCACGAACCUCCAAAACUUGAAAAUUAAAAUACCACCUGGCUGGCCAGGUUGGCUCAAUUUAAGAAACUUGAAGAAGCUCAAAUCUUUGGACGUUAAUCUGGUUCCUAUGUAUGAAGACAACGAAGACGAGGAAUUCUGUACUGAUUUCGUUGAGGAACUGAAGCAAUUUCCGUAUCUAAAGGAACUGAAGUUGAAGGCGCAAUACAGCGGAAGAGGAUUGGAUGCUCUCGAUCAACUGGAAUCUCUGGAGCUAUACCUCGAUUAUGGAAUCGAUUGCAGGUCCAUGGAUGAUUGCUGCCAAAAACUGAAGAAAUUACGCAGUCUUCGAUUUGGAUACGAUAUUGAGCACUUCACCAAAGACAACUUUGAAAUGCUGCUUAAGCACUGUCAGCAGCUGGAACGUCUGUCCUUUAAUGUAGAGAAACUUUACUUAACGGUGCCCUAUGACCUGGUCUGUCAGUUGCCCAGACUGCAACAUUUGGAGCUGUUUCAUGACGGUUCUAUAAGCGACUCGCUAAUCAAAGGGUUGAUCAACAAAAAGGGUUCUCCUCUGGAAAGUCUUCUCCUAGGCCCGGUGAGUCCUGUGAAGUUGCCCGAGGAUCAGGUUAAGCAUAUUUGCAAUAUUUCAACACUCAAGGAACUCGAAGUAGAAUGCGAUACCGUCCCCUUGGCGGACUUACUGAAGCUGAAGAACCUUCUAUACCUUCACAUAUACAUGCCAAUUGCGAAUGACCAGGCCAUGGACCUCUUGAAAGGGCUUCCGCGCCUGGAAGUUCUGAACUUACCAAAUAAUGAAAUGCUAGUCCAUGGGAACUUAGUGAAUAGUGUUCGUACCUGGAUGAGCGAACAGACGGAGCGGCGCAGAAUGAUUAAAAUCUAUAUCAUUGAAUCAGAUUCAAACGAAAUUUUAUUCAAAAAUUCUUUUGUUGAAAUCAUAAUGUUAGAUUGUCGUUCACUUCCCAUAUUAAUAAACAAAGAACUCAGUUAACGAUCGCAACGUACA